UCACGGGUACAGGCGCGAUCAGGGAGUAGGUGCGACGUACGCAGAGAUCGCGCACAGCCAUCGAAAUCUCGAAGUCUCAGUAUUUGUGUUUUAUUUCAGGGUACUAGUAAACUAACGGGCGUAAGUAACCCCCGUUAUGUCGACACAAGACCCAGGUGCAUUAAGAUGGACACAUCGAACGGAGGAGAGUGUGCGUCAAGUUGGAUAACGUAGAAUCGAGAAACGAAAAGCAAUCCUAUUUGUGGAAACGGAUUCCCUGGGACUACCGGGAAGAUUUACAGGGACACAGGGUUUAUAUUAUAUAUAUAUAUAUAUAUAUAUAUAUAUAUAUAUAUAUAUAUAUAUAUAUAUAUAUAUAUAUAUAUACAUACAAACAAGAGAAGACGUCCUAAAAGCAGGAGUGACUAACGAUAUGACUAAAGGCAAUGAACGCUUAAGGCAAUGAAAUAAUUCGCAGGCAGUGGGUAUAUUCCAUAAUCUCCCCAUCAUCCUCCAUGGCGCUUAGCGGACCAGAUCUCAUAGACCCGCUGAAAAGUCUAAAAAGCCAGAGGCUAUAGAGCAGUUUGAUCCCUCGGUUUAUUUUGCGAUGUCAGCUUUCGGCCUCAAUCUACAUUCCAUUUCGUCCGUUGCGGCCGAAAUUUCAGGACCAGCUGAGUUGGACAGCGCCUGCGCGGACUGCGACCCGCAAACUCCUCCAGCCUCACGAGGAGACUUCACUCAUCCGCCUCCGUUCAUUCAUCUACAUCAGUCACCUAUUCACAUCGGUCCGGGGGGCCUCGGCACGGUCCUGGAGGAAGAACUGGCCAUGCUUACACGGGAACGAGAAGAAGAAUUGAUCAUAAACGAGCAGGACGCAGAUCUUUUGGCGCUCUUCCGACAGAAAGAAAAGGAUUUGGUUCUGGCUGCAAAACUCGGGAAAGCGCUGCUCGAGAGAAACCAGGACCUCACAAAGCAAUAUGAAAAAAUGACCAAGGAUCUGAACGAGAAGCUAGAGAAUCUGGAGCAGGAGAAGCAUGAGCUGCAGCAGCGCUUGGAGAGGAGGGAAGGCGAGUGGGAAGGUCGAGUGGCUGAGUUGGAGACUGAUGUGCAGCAGCUCAAGGGUGAGCUAGAGAAGCAUAAGUUACAGCUGCGCGAGGCUGAUCGGGACAAGACACGCACCAUCACCGAGCUCUCAGAACAAAACUACAGUCUGCUUGAGCAGCUCAGCAGAGCUGCUGAUGUGGAAAGACAGCUGUGCACUCAGGUCCAUUCAUUGCAGGAUGAUUUCAGAGAAAAGAACCUCUCCAAAAACCAGCACUUGACACAAUUAGAGAGCCUGCAAGCAGAGCAAGGGCUAGAAAUAAAGAUGCUGUCUGAGCGUAAGCAGGAACUUGAGAGAUGUUUAACCACAUUACAUGAGGAGAAUGAGCAGCUGCAGAACACCGUGGACAACCUGAAAGACCGGACACUUGUGUUGGAGAAGCUAUGCCAGGAGAAAGAUUUACAGCUGCAGCAGAGUCGAUUGGAGCUACAGGAGGUGCGUGUGUCUCAUCGGCAAUUAAGUUCCCGCUUAGCAGAGAUGACUGAGGAGAGAAGUCUUCAGGGCUUAAGCUCUAACAGUCACUCGCUGUUAUGUGAGAUAGAGCAGAGCAUGGAGCAGGAGGAGCUCAAGCAGGAGAGGGACCAGUUGCGUCUGCAGCUUUGGGAAGUUUAUUGCCAGAUUCGCUCUAUCUGCUCCCAGCUGAGAGGAAAUGACAUCACAGACUCUGCCCUGUCCACAGAUUCAUCUAUGGAUGAAUCAUCUGAAACAUCAUCAGCUAAAGAUGUUCCUAUGGGCAGUAUGCAAUCCAGUCUGAUUGAGCUGCGCAGACUUACACAAAACCUGCUGGAUGGCAAUGAGUCAACAGGAUCACGUCACAGUGAUGAGGAUGCUUUGGAAGAGCAGGUGCGGAAACUGGGUGAGGAACUGCGAGAAAUACGAGAGCUUUAUAAACAGGAGCAAGAAAGAGUACGGAGCACUCAGGAAGACAUGCUGCAACUCCAUAAUCAGAUUGCACUACUUUCCAUAGACGUGUGCUCAUCACGGGAGGAAAACGAGAGACUAAAAGCAUCAGAGAUUCGAGAACCAAGUGAACUACUACAAAAUGCUAUCCGAGACAGAGAUGAUGCCAUCACCAAAAAGAAAGCAGUGGAAAUGGAGUUGGCGAAGUGUAAGGUAGACAUUAUGUCUCUGAACAGUCAGCUUCUUGAUGCCAUCCAGCAGAAGUGUAAUCUGUCCCAGCAGUUAGAAGCCUGGCAGGAUGAUAUGUUCAGAGUGAUAAAUCAGCAGUUGAUGGAUACGUAUCAGGGGAAAUGGAGGGACUCUCAACUCCAAAGUAGUACUUAUAGCUUCUCCAGAGCCUCUUGCAGGCAAGCAUCUGGCCUCUUCGAUGGUGAUAAGCGCCUCUUCUCAUUUUUUAAGAACUGAAUCUGUCUAGGUGAAAAGAGAAAAGAUGAAGAUAUAUGCUAAAAAUGUAAAUAGGCAAAGUCAUACCAUGAUCAACACAGCCAAAGACUAAGAGGGCAAAGUUAAUGAUCAAUAAUUUUACAAAAUUUUGUUCUAAAAUCCUGGAGUUAUUUUUGCACUUUGUCCUUAGCACUCCUCUCCUUCAAAUAUUCCUAGAUACAGCACAAGACAUUUAGUAGAAAAACGUGCAUAAAUGUCUUUGUUUUUUUCCAGCUUCAAUGGGAUAUUUGGAGGAUUAACACAUUAAAAUAAUAUUGAGGCCAACUUCCCCUUCUCAAAUAUUCUACUCACCCCACUGCCAAAGUGUUUCAACAGAAAUGUCAGAUUUAGCUCCAUCAAACUGAUGGAUUCUUUUGGCCUUUAACUCAGGAUAAGCUAAACUCUGUAAGCUUCUCAUUGAUUUGAAGUGAGGCUGCAGGUUGUAGUUUGUGAAUUAGCUUCAAUCACUGCUGCAUUUGUAAAGAUGUUUCAGAGGUCUUUUUAGUCACCUGUUGAAUCAUUAUAAGGUGAUUCAACAAGUGCUAAAAGCUAUUGCUUUGAUUAAAAGGAAAUAUGUUAUUUACAAGGAUCAGUUAACAUUUAAAAUGAAAUACAGUAGUUGGCAUGCUCAUUUUUAACUUAACUGCACAACUUAAAUCUUUCAUUACUUUACAUCACUAAUUCAGAAGACUACAAACUGGCUGAGAAGAAUGAUAAAAAAAAAUGUGCUCCUACAUUUGAGGAUUUUUUUCCAGAGUGUCUUCAAGGGUAUGAGAUCUAGUUUUCUAGAUAUUGAAUAGCCACACUUAAAUGAUUGAGUUGCAGGUGAACUAAUCAUAAACAAUGUGUACUGCCCCAGCACCUGAAUGUGUACACACAUCAUAGAAACAUAAGGGCCAUUAUAGGUUUGGGUUAUGGGCUUGCAAUGGAUGUGGUGGUUACACAAAUUUAGGGCGUUGAAUUAAGUCACCUUCCCAUGGGCCUGAAAACAGCCAUGUGGAGGUGAGGAAAUGAGGGUUGUUUGUUUGUUUGUUUGGUGAAUGUGCCAUUUGGGGCCCAUUUUGAGUAAAGCUAUGCAGAUGUCUUUUAUUUUUCACUUAAGAACAGAAAGUUGAAGGUUUGGAGAAACCCAAAGAAUGACUUUUUAUAUCAAUAGGUUUAAAAAUAUAAGGAAAAAAAUAGAAUUGAUAUAUUUGUAAAUGUAUAAUUUUGAAUGAUAAAAAUAUUUUCUAGAGCAAUCAAAGUUUUUAUUUGUCUGUAAGCGAGUUUGUGAUCUGUUGUUUGUGAGUAAAUUCCUUGAUGAGAAUUUCAUUGUCAUAGCAUGAAGGGGUCUUCGCUUUACUCUCUGCUUUCCAAUACUUUCUCUAACAUGGUGAGAGGGAAAUGGUGAAUGAAAUGGGUGGCAUAUAUUUUAUUUUAUAUUUUAUUUUAAGUGAAAUUUCCCAGGAUACAUAGUCAACAAGAACAGGAUAACUUGACCAGAAUACAUUGCAAACUAAUCUGUUUUUAAAAAUGGCAAAAAGAGUAAAAAAAAUUUUAUUAAACAAACAAAUUAAUGAAUAACAGUUUUGGGGUAAAAAAAUAAACUUGUUUUAAAACACAAGCAGCUGAGAAGAGGUGGUUAAGCCUUUAGAAACAGAAACUAAUGAGAUCAUAGUCAUGCUGGUGAAUGAAAAUAGCACAAUACUAUGUGUACUAUGAAUUUUCAGCAGCCUUAGCAUGCCAACAUGCAGUUCACAAAUUGCCAAGGAAAUCACUGCCAAUGGCAGAAGCAUUCCAACUUAUACACCCCACUUGCUGCAAGUGGUCACUUUUGUGAUAAAAUUGAGUAGAGUUGGCAUACAGAACAUGGCACUGGGGUAUAUACAGCCUCUGACAUGCUCAUGCUGUUAACAUACAAAACAUUUGCAUUAAUUUGCUAGCCUGAAUCCCAAAUGUCUCCCUACAUAAAUGCAAGUGCAGAGGUACUGGCUUUUUACAUCCAAUAUAACACACUAUUGUACAAAAGGGAGUCAUUUUACGCUUGCAGAGUUACCGAACCAGACAGUAGAGUGUGAACCUCUCCAUGUUAAUCUGUCUUCAUUUGUUAUUUAUUCAUAGUUUUCUUUCCUUCAAUAUUCUGUAAAUGUCAAUCAUAUGAUUCUCAUUUAAACUGUUUUUAAAAAGUCUUUUUGGUGUCUUGAAUCCUUUAAUUAAUGCAUAAUUGUGUAUGUUUCAAGACCUUUUCUCACAUACCAUACACACACAUAUAUACACUGAUCAGCCAUAACAUUAUGACCACCGGCCUAAUAUUGUGUUCGUCCACCUUUUGCUGCCAAAGCAGCCCUGACCCAUCGAGGUAUGGACUCCACUAGAUUCCUGAAGGUGUGCUGUGGUAUCUGGCACCAAGAUGUUAGCAGCAGAUCUUUUAAGUCCCUCAAGUUGCGAGGUGGGGCUUCCAUGGAUCGGACUUGUUUGUUCAGCACAUCCAACAGAUCUGAGUCAGAAUCGGAAAGAUCUUUGUUGCCAAGUUUGUUUGCGCAUAUGAGGAAUUUGUUUUAGUGUCACAAGCUCCAGCAGGAUAAGUACUCAAAUGGGAUAAGAAAUAGAAAUACACAUAUUUAAAUAGAAAAUAAAAUAAAUUGUACGAACAGAAUAGAAUAGAAUAAGAUGAGAUAUAGGGAUGUAGGGUGGUAACAAAUAAAUAUAAGGUUAUUGCACAUAUUUUUAUUGCACAAUUGGGGGGGACAUUUAUCUGUUCAUAAUGUAGAUUGCUUGGGGGAAGAAACUGUUCUUGUGCCUGGCUGUCCUAGUAUUUGGUGCUCUAUAGCACUGGCCAGAUGGCAAAAGUUCAAACAGUAGAUGGUUUGGAUGUGAGGGGUCCAGAGUAAUUUUCUGAGCUCUUUCCUCACUCUGGAUGAAUACAGUUCUUGAAGGGUGGGCAGGGGAGCACCAAUAAUCCUUUCAGCAGUCCGAACUGUUCUAUGUAGUCUUCUGAUGUCUGAUUUUUGUAGCUAAGCCAAACCAGACAGUUAUAGAAGUGCACAGAACAGACUUAAUGACGGCUGAGUAGAACUGUUUUAGCAGCUCCUGUGGCAGGUUGUGUGAGUCAAUGUGAGUGUCCCAACUUAGGUCCUGAGAGAUGGUGGUGCCCAGGAACCUGAAUGACUCCACUGUUGUCACAGUGCUGUUCAUGAUGGUGAGUGGGGGGAGUGCAGGGGUGUUCCUCCUGAAGUCCACUAUCAUCUCCACUGUUUUGAGUGUGUUGAGCUCCAGCUUGUUAAGACUACACCAGACAGCCUGCUGCUCUUGUCAGCCUCUUGUCUGUAAGCAGACUCAUCAAUGUCCUGGAUGAUGAUGGCUGAUGACUGUAGUGUCAUCCGCAAACUUCAGUAGCUUGACAGAUGGAUCAGUACCUCUACUGCAGUCAUUGGUUUAAAGGGAGAAGAGCAGUGGAGAGAGGAUGCAGCCCUGUGGGGCACCAGUGUUGGUGGUACAGCUGUUUGACGUUUAUUUCCCCAGUUUCACUAGCUGUUGCCUAUCUGUCAGAAAGCUGGUGAUCCACUGACAGAUAGAGCUAGGAACAGAGAGCUGGGUUAGGUUGGUCCAGAGGAGUGUUAGGAUGAUGGUGUUGAAGGCCGAACUGAAGUCCACGAACAGGGGCCUCACAUAAGUCCCUGUUUUAUCCAGUCAUUAAGUCCUGUUAUCUUGGGUUUCUUUGGGACGGGGAUGAUGGUGGAACAUUUGAAGCAGGCAGGGACUUCGCACAGCUCCAGUGCUCUAUUGAAGAUCUGUGAAAAGAUGAAGGCCAGCUGAUCAACACAGGUUUUCAUACAGGCUGGUGUGACAUUGGAUUGAGAUCUGGGAAAUUUGGAGGCGAAGCCAACACCUCAAACUGGUUGUUGUGAUCAUCAAACCAUUCCUGAACAAUUUUUGCUUUGUGGCACAGCGCAUUAUACUACUAAUAGAGGCCACAGCCAUCAGGGAAUGCCAGUUCCAUGAAAGGGUGUACAUGGUCUGCAACAUUGCUUAGGUAGGUGGUAUGUAACAUCUGCAUGGAUGGCAGGACCCAAGGUUUCCCAGCA